UGCUCCUCCAGACCUCGUCCCCACAGCUUGUUUUGUUGGCAGAUCCCGCCGCCUCCUCUGCAGAAAAGUCACUUCUGAUAUGGGAACGGAAACCUGGGGCAGCUUCAGAAAUAGGCGGCAUCCUCAGGGACUGGAGGACGGAGCGGGGCCAAGGGGCGAGCGCGGGACCCCCUUGUUCAUGUGGCUCCGGGGGCCCCAGAGAUGAGAUCCCCCCCUGGUGCUGCUAGGAGAUCCAGCUUGCAGCUGGGCUGGACCCUUGUUGUCCAGGAGCGGUCUGGGACCCGGGGCCAGGGAGCAGGCCGGGCCUGUCAGGGAGCGGGCCGGGGAAUUAAAUGGCCUGUUUUUGACUGCAAAGGGUUGUCUUCAUCUUGGUCAAAGCCAGCGACUGAGAGGACUGGUGCCCCAUCCUGGAACAGCCUGGACUGGUGCUGGACAGGUUAUCCUGAAUGGUACACAAGUCGACCGGGUCUCCUAGCAACCUUUUUUAGGAAUCUUGCUGCUGUUUGAUUGGAAAACAGGACCAAAGGCCUGCAAUUGAUGCCUUUGCCUUGGGAGGACGUAGGAAGGUGAAGCCAGACGCUAGCAUGGGUCAGAAGGUCACUGGGGGAAUAAAGACUGUGGACAUGCGAGACCCCACGUACCGGCCCCUGAAGCAAGAGCUCCAGGGCCUGGAUUACUGUAAGCCCACCCGGCUGGACUUGCUGCUGGACAUGCCCCCUGUAUCCUACGACGUCCAGCUGCUCCACUCUUGGAACAACAAUGACCGUUCACUCAAUGUGUUUGUGAAGGAGGACGACAAACUGAUCUUUCACCGGCAUCCGGUGGCCCAGAGCACAGACGCCAUCAGGGGGAAAGUGGGGUACACACGCGGGCUGCACGUGUGGCAGAUCACAUGGGCCAUGCGCCAGCGCGGCACACAUGCAGUUGUGGGGGUGGCCACGGCGGACGCCCCCUUGCACUCUGUGGGCUACACAACCCUGGUGGGUAACAACCACGAGUCCUGGGGUUGGGACCUGGGGCGCAACAGACUCUACCAUGAUGGCAAGAACCAGCCCAGUAAGACAUACCCCGCCUUCCUAGAGCCAGACGAGACUUUCAUUGUGCCGGAUUCUUUCCUGGUGGCCCUCGACAUGGACGAUGGCACGCUGAGCUUCAUCGUCGACGGGCAGUACAUGGGCGUGGCCUUUCGGGGACUCAAGGGCAAAAAACUGUACCCAGUAGUAAGUGCUGUCUGGGGCCACUGUGAAAUUCGAAUGCGUUACUUGAAUGGACUUGAUCCUGAACCACUGCCUCUGAUGGACCUCUGCCGACGGUCUGUCCGCCUCGCCCUAGGGAAGGAGCGCCUGAGUGAGAUCCACACCCUGCCCCUGCCAGCAUCCCUUAAGGGCUACCUUCUCUACCAGUGAUGCAUCAGCUCAAAGCCUGCCGCCCUCUGGGAGUGGGAAUCAGGAAGUCCAACUGUGCAAACCCACCGAGCCGCCACUGGGGUCCAUAGCGCCCCCUCGACCCCGCCCCUGCCCUACACGACCCCGCCCCUUUGUCCAUCUGGCUGUUCGACCUCAGGAGCCAAGAUUUCCUCGUCCUUCCUCGCACCCCGGCCUUCCACCAGAUACAGACCCCAGAAGCAGGCUCAUCUAUUCUUCCUCCCUUGGAAGUGGUCUCUCAGAGUGUGGGUAGACAAGUGUUCUUUGUGGAUUUGGAUUUGAUUUUCCCUUAAAAAGAGAUUGUUUCUACAGAAGUAAUAAGGUGUGUCCUGGCCAGCUCCAGGGGUGGGUGUACAGAGCCCACGGUUUCUGUCCAAACAGGACAAGAUGAGGUCUCCAAAGGAUUCCAGGGCUCUGUAGCAGCCAGGUGGGGGAAGGCGGAUACUGGGCAUGAGAGGAGGCCUGGAGGCAUUAAGGGUGCUUGGAAAUUGACCGAAGACUUCCAUUGUGUGGCAAGCGUGGGACCUUGUGGCUUACUCCUGCACAGUAAAUGUCACCAUGAACAAAGCUGACAAUGCCAAAAACUGAUCUUGGACACUUAAACAAUAAGAAAAUGGGACCCUGGAAAAUGGCCGGAAAGCAACUAGUGUCAUUCCCUAAGAUGUCUCACCCUCUACUCUGUAUUUAUUCUUUCACCAACAAAAACCAAUUUAUUUAUUCCACAUAGAAAGAAAACAUGUCCCUUUCUCUCCAAUGUGUGUGUCUUGUUGUUCUCUUAUCCUUCCCACCCCACCCCACCCUCCACGUGCCAUAUCACCUGCCCUUGGCCGAGUGGUGUGGGUAUAGGGAUGGGGGCUUUUUUGGUGGGUGGUUUUUGUUAUCUCGGCCUGUAGCUCCAAGGGGAGGUUCGGGCCGGGCCAGAAGCUUGCCAGGACAGAUCCUUCCUCAGGCUACAGGUUUCAUGUGCAAUAGCAAUGCCUUCAGUGGUCCUCUGAAGCAGUUCUAACAGCCUGCCGCCCCCUUCUUCAUUGCCUCUUGCCUCUUGGCUGGACAUCCUUGCCCAAGAUAGUUAGACCGGCUGUCCUGAUAGGUUUUCUGUCCUCAAGUUGUUAAGUGUCUUAGCUAAGCUGCCAUCAUCAUCUUCCCCUGCUGUGGUAAUCUGGGGGGAAAAAAAGUACAUUUUCAGUUCUUUGCCCAUUGAGUAAAUGUGGGGGGAGGGGGAGGAAGAGGAGAGAGAGAGCUUGAUUGAUUGAUUGAUUGAUUCUUUGUGAUCAUCUCCCAGACCAGAAUUGAGUCUCUGGAAUAUUCCAACAUCUAGGCAGAUCUCCAAUUCAAACCCAUCUCCCCUGGUUGCUUCUUUCUGGGCUGAGGAAAAAUGUGUCAAGAGCCACCCUUUCCUGGCAAUUCCUCCAAGGUGCAGCCAAGAUGCUGGGGGGCCCCCAACCCCACCCCUUUAUUUUGCACAUUUUGUUAACUUUAAAAUCAGUUUUGGAAUCCAACUUUUGGUUCGGUUCUGUACAGGUACAAUAGAUGACUUUAUUUGUUUAAAAUGUUUAAUAUAUAUAUAUAUUUGUCUAUGUAAGAGAUGUUUUGAACAGCUGCUGUUGGAUACCUUUUUUUAAAAAAAUCUACUUGGAGAGUAUAUUUUUAAAAGCAUAGAACUGGUGUCAAGCCCACAUGGGGAGUUGAAGUUGCUUCCCCCCACCCCCAACCGUUAACUGUUGCUGUUAUUUUUUUUAAGGAAGAAAAAGAAACACACACACACAUACCACACACAUCCCUCUUAUCAGGUGAUAGAUGUUUUCCUCAUUUCUGUCACAGGGUGGGACACGCACUCUUGCUGUUGCACAAGAGGAUUUACUUUGGAGAGUCCCCCAUUCGACUGCCUUGGCCCCAGCCGUCUUCCACCUAUGCUGGAAAUGUUGCAGUGUCACUGUCCCUCCCGGCCCCACCACCUCUCCUCUCCUCUCCGUUCAACCCUAGCCCUCUCCCUCUGUAUUGCCAUCCCUGUACGUAAUUGCUUUGUUUGGUUUUAAAAACUCCUUUCUAUUUUAUGGCUGUAGAGAAUACUCAGUAACCUAAUAAAAAAAAACAACUUUAUUAAA